GUCAUUCCAUGAUUAUCCAUUCCACUUUAUUGAAAUUAAGACCAGCGCCUCAUCCUGGUUCUAAAGAAAUCAGACCUAAGAUAGACCAGUAAAGUCAACUUCGCAAGAGUUUUAAUUUAGCCAAUGGCGUUUUAGAGCAGUGCAAAAUGUAAAGUAUUGACUGAUUGAGAUGGAAAAACCAUCCUUUAAAUGCUCAAUGAUUCAAGACCCUUUUCUCUUUGCUUAGCAGUGGAAGAAAGAUAAGAAUACCUUUCACUUUGGCUACAUCUCUGGUUAUAAUUGAUCUUCAUGGAGGAUGCUGAAGGGAUUGAACUACAAAUCACAGCUGCAGAUGAUCAUAAAGAGCCAAACUCAAGCAAUGACGCCGCCUCUAUUAACAACAAAAUGCAGCUACCAAAACUCAUUCAUUACAAGUGGUGGCUCCGAGUGACCUGCUAUAUACUAUUUCUUGUCACAGGCCAAUCUGCUGCCACUCUUUUGGGAAGAUUAUACUAUGACAAAGGUGGGAAUAGCAAGUGGAUGGCAACGUUUGUUCAAUCUGCUGGCUUUCCAAUUCUACUUCCCCUCCUUUUCUUCUUCACUUCUUCUAUCAAUUCCAACACCGCAACAAAUCCCAUUAGCUCUUCCUUUGCAAACAAACCAGAAGGUCCUAAACUAUCCACUCUUACAUUUCUAUACAUUGGCUUUGGGGCACUCUUAACAGGUGACAACUUGAUGUACUCAUAUGGACUAUUAUACCUUCCUGUCUCCACUUAUUCUCUUCUCUGUGCAACUCAACUGGCCUUUAAUGCACUCUUCUCCUUCUUCCUUAAUUCACAAAAGUUAUCUCCAUUUGUGCUCAAUUCUCUAAUUCUCCUUACUGCUUCAGCCUCCCUUCUAGCAGUUAAUGCAGACUCUGAGAACUCUGCAGGCAUUCCCAGAAGAAAAUACGUAAUUGGUUUUUUCUGUACACUUGGUGCAUCAGCAACAUACUCUUUGUACCUUUCCCUCGUGCAGCUUUCUUUUGAGAAGGUUAUCAAUAAAGAAACCUUCUCUACCGUGUUGAAUAUGCAAAUAUAUCCAUCUUUUGUUGCAACUUGUGGCUGUGUGGUGGGACUUUUUGCAAGCAGGGAAUGGGAAAGUCUUGAAAAUGAGAUGAAAGAAUAUAAAGAAGGAAAAGUAUCCUAUUUGAUGACUCUGAUUUGGACUGCUAUUACAUGGCAAAUUUCCUCAGUGGGUUUGUUGGGGUUGAUUUUUGAGGUAUCCUCUCUUUUCUCUAAUGUCAUAAGUACACUGGCUUUGCCGCUUGUUCCCAUUCUUGUUGUGAUAUUUUUCCACGAUAAGAUGAAUGGUGUGAAGGUUAUGGCAAUGCUGUUGGCAAUCUGGGGCUUUCUUUCCUACACUUAUCAACAUUAUCUAGAUGAUGCUAAAUCCAAGACAAGCCUUACCAGUGAAAAUGAGGUUGCUGGGGCACAAUUAGAGACUGGUUGAUAGUUGAAACACACAAGAGAAUUAAUGUACAAGCUGGACAAUGGAAGAACAUGAAGAAGAAGCUCAUCAUCGACUAAUAAACUAUGCAGCUUCUUUUCUAGACUAACGUAUUCCUGAUACUUGAAAAGGUUGCUCUAGAGUCUCGAAGGACAGCAGAGGAAGAGAGACAGAGCGUGUCGUUAUGCCCCUGCACUUUCCGAUAAAAUCCUAGUGUAAGUAGGAAUCUCGAUCAAAAAGGAUUUGUGUUAGAAUGGUUAUAACUAGUUAGUCAGUAUUAAUGAAUUUUGAAUUUAAAAGAGUGUGAAUCAAUCAUUAAACACUUGGCAUGUUAAAAUACUUCUGUGUUUUAGUUUUCAA